UCUUUCUUUCUUUCUUUCUUUCUUUCUUUCUUUCUUUCUUUCUUUCUUUCUUUCUUUCUUUCUUUCUCUUUCUUUCUUUCUUUCUUUCUUUCUUUCUUUCUUUCUUUCUUUCUUUCUUUCUUUCUUUCUUUCUUUCUUUCCUUCCUUCCUUCCUUCCUUCCUUCCUUCCUUCCUUCCUUCCUUUUUCAGGAAUGAGAGGCUUUCUCACUUUGCAGGAGGAGAAGGUGAAUGAGAAAGGUACAAAGAGAAAGGGGAAGGGAGAAAUGGGAGGCGGACGCUGGGAAAAAGGGCAGGACAGGGAGGCACUGAAGAGGCGGAGCUUCCAAGCCGAGAGGAAACGCUCGGCACCCCCUGCAGCAGCUUUGACUAGAGAAUGAAGCCCGAACGGAGACGCCGAGGAGAAGGCGGUGGCAGCAGGCUGAGGGGUGGAACCCGGAGCGGACAGGAAGAAACAGAUGUCAACUCUUGGCACCUGAGAAAGGAACCCAGACUGAAGACCACCAGCAGCUGAAGUGGCAUCUUUUGGUUGUUUAUUUGCCCCUUAAGAGUGAAGCGAACAUAGUGGGGGGGGAAAGAUCUUUCAAGAUUUAGUUAUCAGACCUUGGUGUGCUUCCCCUGAAAGAAAAUUGACCGACUCCAAUUCCUAUAUGCAAUGAUUGAUCCUUUGGGGACUUUAAGACAUGUCAAAAGAACUUGCUUAAUCGUCUAGAUUUUAUCGUGCGCCACCAAACACCUAUUUUCUGAGUCGAGAGGUUAUUCUGUCUUGUAAGAUGGAAUAGAUGAACCGAUUUUGGGCGCCUUCCUUGUUUCCAGGAGGACAGAUCAAGAAAAGGAGGUGCAUGCCAAAGGUGCUGUAGAGGGAAGAUAAAAAGUAGGUGCUGCACAGCGUAAUGUGUCAGGAUUUAGAAGAAAGGGAAAGGAGUCUUUUUGGAACAAAGAUUUAGCCUGUUCUACAUCUUCCACUGAGCCCGGACUUCACUGAUUUCGCACAGCCCCCCCCUUUGAGUCCUUUUUCCUGUUUUUCCACUAUAUCAGAAUAUUUGUCUUUGGAGAUAUAAACCAGUUGGUAUUUUUGACAGCAGAAGAUAAAAGAAUAAGGAAGAGUGCAAGUGGGAAACAGUGAUGCCUUUUUAUCUUCUCUUUACUACAAAGAUGAGGUACCUUCUGCUGGAGCUGACAUCUCUCAUGCUUCUGGGGUGGUCAUUUGCACAACGUCAAGUCACUGUUCAAGAAGGGCCUCUAUACCGCACUGAAAAUUCUCACAUCACCAUUUGGUGCAAGGUCAGCGGUUAUCAAGGACCAUCACAACAGAAUUUUCAGUGGUCCAUAUACCUUCCGUCUUCUCCAGAAAGGGAAGUACAGAUUGUCAGCACCAUGGACCCAUCUUUCCCUUAUGCAAUCUAUACUCAACGUGUUAGGAGUGGAGAAAUCUAUGUGGAGAGAGUUGAAGGGGAUUAUGCUAGGCUGCACAUAACACAGCUCCAAGACAGGGAUGCUGGCGAGUAUGAAUGUCAUACUCCAACAACUGAUGAAAGAUAUUUUGGAAGCUACAGUGCCAAGAUGAAGCUAAUUGUUAUUCCUGACUCCCUACGAGUAACUUCGGAAACCCAGACUCUAAAGAAGGUACAACAUGAUUCUCUGGAGUUAAAGUGUGAGAUUACCAAGAAUACUGAACAGCACAGCCACAUUUCCAUUGCCUGGUAUCGUCAGAAAGUAGAUGAGCCUCUUGUGGAAGUUAUUUCUCUCAGCAAAGACUUUGUACUGCGUGCAGGAAGUGAAUACACCCAACGCCAUGCAAGUGGAGAUGUCCGUCUUGAUAAAGUGGGCGAGACUCAAUCUAAGCUUACUAUCUACAAUCUUCAGUCCUCUGAUGAAGGCGAGUUUUAUUGUGAAGCAGCUGAAUGGAUUCAGGACCCUGAUGGCACUUGGUACGCUGUGACACGCAAGCAGUCGGAGAGCACUAUGGUCUAUGUGGAAGGAACUGAUAUGGAUAUCAACGUUCGACUAGAAACAGAGAAGCGGACAUACAUAGUGGGUGAACCUGUGGAGUUUAGAUGCAUUUUGGAAGUACAAAAUGUUGCAAAGAGGUAUUUCUCCAUCUCUUGGGCCUUUAAUAGUUCUCUCAUUGCUACUUUUGGUGCUAAUGCUGUGCCAGUCCUUAACAAUGAGUUUGCCCAGAGAGAAGCCUUGGGACAACUGAAAGUGGCCAAAGAGAGUGACAGCAUCUAUAUCCUAAAAAUCUACCGACUCCGAUUGGAAGACAGCGGCAAAUAUAACUGUCGAGUGACAGAGCGGUUGAAGACGACAACUGGUGAAUUUAUUGAUGGAGAAAGCAAACGGCCAAAGAACACACCUAUUACAGUGCUGCCCCUUAAAACCAAUAUUUCAAUAGAAGUAUCCAACAAUGCCACAAACGUUCUAGAAGGGGAGAGCCUGAGAUUUGGUUGCACUGUCCGCUCUGGGUUUAGACCCCAAAACCGAUUAUCUGUCACUUGGCAACUUGUGGAUAAGCAGAACCGUCGCAGUGACAUUAUACAACUUGACCGGGAUGGAACCCUUCGUCCUGGUCCUUCUUAUGUCGAGCGCAGUAGCUAUGGGGGGAUCCAAAUGGAGCAGAUACGGCCUGGAUCCUUCACACUUGAGAUCUUUAACAGCAUCAAGGCAGAUGAGGGCCAUUAUGAGUGUCGUAUUACAGAAUGGACACGUAGGCUGGAUGGGGAGUGGCAGAUGAUUGGAGAGCGGCAUAAUGGCUCAGCAGUAGCUAUCACUGCACUAGAUGCUGGUUUUGCAGUUACAGCCAUCUCCCGCACACCUGGAGUCACCUAUAAUGAAUCAUUUGACUUACAAUGCAUUAUCAAGCCACACUAUCCUUCAUGGGUGCCAGUAUCUGUGACUUGGCGUUUUCAACCAGCUGGCAGCACUGAAUUUCAUGAUUUGGUCACUUUUACUCGUGAUGGAGGAGUUCAGUGGGGCGAUAGAUAUGUUGGAUUCCGAACCCGAACAGCCAUUGAGAAAGCAGAGUCCAGCAACAAUGUACGCCUGAGCAUCAGCAGGGCCAGUGACACAGAAGCAGGCAAAUACCAAUGUGUGGCCGAGCUGUGGCGCAAGAACUACAAUAGUAGCUGGACCCGAUUGGCAGAUAGAACCUCCAACCUAUUGGAGAUCAGGGUCUUACGACCUAUAACAAAGCUACAGGUCAGCAAAUCAAAGCGGAGUAUAGUUCUUGUGGCCAAUAAGCCUAUCCCUCUGAAUUGCUCUGUCAAGUCUCAAACCAGCCCAGAUUCUCAUUUUGCAGUCCUAUGGUAUGUUCAUAGACCCUCAGACACGGAUGGGAAGCUCAUUCUGAAGACCACUCACAGCUCUGUAUUUGAGUAUGGCACUUACGCGGAAGAAGAAGGGCUAAAGGGAAGAUUGCAGUUUGAGAGGUCACUCUCUGGGGGUCUCUUCAGUCUGACAGUGCAGAGGGCACAGGUCAGUGACAGCGGUAGCUACUAUUGCCAUGUGGAAGAGUGGCUGCUCAAUCCUAACCAUGCCUGGUAUAAAUUGGCAGAGGAGGUUUCUGGCCGGACUGAAGUCACUGUCAAGUUACCAGAUAAUCUCUUGGAAGUCAACAAGAGCCAAAAGAACCUAACCAUUUUAGAAAAUGAAUGGGUAACACUAGAGUGUCUAGUCACUAACCGGAGCAGUCAAGCUUCCCAGUUAUCGGUGGAAUGGUAUAUGUGGAAAUCUGGUGAGCCAGAGAAAGAAGCAGUUGUAAAGCUGACAAGGCAGGCCACUCUUUUAUAUGGAGAGUUAGCUACUCUAAACGGUUUGAAGAGCAGGCUGCACCUGGAAAGUCCUUUGCCAGGUCUAUAUCUUCUUACUAUCCAGAACAUGACACUGCAGGACAGUGGGACCUAUGAUUGUCGAGUGGAAGAGUGGCUGCUGAAUCCUAUGAACACCUGGUACAAAAGGGCAGAAGAUCUGUCUGGACUGACAACAGUUUUGGUGAAGAAGCCAGAUGCCUCACUACAAGUGGAUGCAACAAUAGCCAACCUCACAGUGCCAGAACAGGACCAUUUCCAUUUGGAUUGCAACAUUUUGUCACCUACCAGCCAAGAUUCCCGUUUUGCUGUGACAUGGUUCAUCAUGAAGAAUAAAGACAGAAGUGGACAAACUGGUCACAAGAACGAAGAAGAUAAAGAGGCCUUGUUAAGAGUAGGCCAGGAUUUCGUCUUCAGCCGAGAGAACAGCCCUUGGGAAGGGAGACUACGUUUUCAAAGACUUUCAGCCAUGUUCUAUCGACUGACUGUGUUGCAGGCAGUUUCUUCUGAUGCUGGCAAUUACUCAUGCCACGUGGAAGAGUGGCUACCUGAUCCCAAGGGAGUCUGGUACAAACUUACAGAAGAAGAUUCUGGUCUUAUUACUGUUUAUGUGCAAGAUACAGGUUCCUCUCUGCAGUCUGUUAUUUGCAACAAUGACUCCCUGUUCUACUUCGUAUUUUUUUAUCCCUUUCCCAUUUUUGGCAUUCUCAUCAUCACCAUUCUGCUGGUGCGAUUCAAAAGCCGAAAUUCCAGCAAGAAUUCGGAAGGAAAGAACGGGGUCCCUUUGUUAUGGAUCAAAGAGCCACACCUAAACUAUUCCCCCACUUGUCUGGAGCCUCCUGUUCUCAGCAUUCAUCCAGGAACUAUAGAUUAAAUGGCAGAGCCCUAAAAGAGGUAAAGCUGCAUCUGAAACCCAAAGGAGGUCUAUUUUGUUGUAUUUUUAUUCACCAUCUGAACUUUUGGAUACCAGCUUACCUCUGCUACACUGUCCUGUCACCUUUGGGGCUAGAGGAACCUGAACAUCCCAGAAUGCCUGUGAAGAACCAGCCAAUUGCUAAGGGGGAUAGAAUGUCCAUUUGUUCGCUGUAUAUAAUGAAUUUUCAUACUGUUUUCCUUUUCAUCCAGUGUCAUCAUUUGUCUUCUGGGCUGUAAUUCUGUUGCUCAAAUAUGUAUUCUUGUAUUAUGCAGAGGACAGACUCCAGAAUGUAUUGAUUAAGUUGGGCUCUGGUUGUGCCAAAGUGGGGCACUUUAUUUUGAGUAAGCUUAUUUUAUCAAAUGGGCUUGUUUCAGCAGCUACAUGUCCUUGGAGUGGACCAGAGAAAUUGCAUAUUGCUUUUGAGAAAUGAACCUAGGAUCACUCCAUACUACAUAUUAAGCAGCAUUGUUUCUGCCAUCUCGGUCUGGAUGUUUCCUAUUACUUCAGGACUGAAAAUGCAUAUGGGGGGAGGGGCUUUGUUUUUAGCUUCAAAAAGAAAUUACCUUGACUUCCCCAGGUACAAUUGCCUGUCUAAUUCUAAUGACCAAAAAGGCCCUGGUUUAAAUAUGCUCCACUAUCACCCUUAGAGAUUGCAGCAGAAAAAAAAUAGAUCCUAAUCUUGACCAAAGUUGAGGAAGCGGUGCAGAAGUAACUGCCUCCUUGUGUGGCCUGGCACUGUAAUAACUGUGGAAUGUUGAAACAGAGCAGAGAAAGGGCUGACAUACUGACCAACUUCUGUUCCUUACAAAUGUUAUGUCCAGCUGCACUGUCUACACAAAGAAGCUUACAUCAGGCAAGAAGGGGUAGGAAUGUUCUUCCUUCCCUCCCAUAUAUGUAUAUGCUGCUUUGUUAUUUCAGCUUUAUUUCUUCAGGUAUACUAACCUUCAUCUUCAUUCCACCAGCCUUGCAUAAGCCACAGUAAGUGAAAAUAUGCUGGGCUAAGAACUGUUGUUCUUUCUAUGAAAGGCACAGCAUUAAGAGAACCUUGGUUCAGUUCAGGUGGAAUUCCUACUUCAAGUCAAGAGCUCUUUCCAUGUGCUGUCCAGGAAAAUGCUUGUUAUACAUGAUGGACCAGAUCUCUUGUGCCCUGAUUCUAGUUGCAGAGACAGGGAAAUUUUAAAACUUAAAAACAAAAAGUGUGUUUACUGUCUUCCUAAAAGUCUUCCUGGCACAGCUAGUUGCUAAUUUUCAUAAAACAGGUGAAUCUAUGUGAUUCAUAGUGUCAGCGAUAUAUGCCAGCAUGUUAUGCUGUCUUGACAUGAAGGUGGUUGAUCAGUGGUAAGAAGAUAGCAAUACAGCAGGUUUUUCCUUCCUGAAGAGUGAAAACUAAUAGUUUUGCUAAUUUGUCCUUAUUAAAGCAAUUUGUGAGAAUAACAAAUUUGAUGAGUUGGUGUUAAAACCAACGGCAAAGGUUUUCCUUAUGUCAAGAGAAAGACAUGCCUGUUAUACUAAUAUUCAAGUGGUCUUUCUCAACCUGGUGUCUCUGAGAUAGAUGGAGACUACACUUUGCAUAAUUCCCAGCCAGCAGGGCCUUUGGUUAUGCUGGCUAGAAAUAACAGAUUUGUAAUAAAACACAUCUAAAGGACCUUAGGUUGAGGCAGGUGCUCUUAAGGGGGAAGGGAUUGAUCUAAGCUCAGAGGUUUUGAAGUCUCCCACCCUUGUAAAAUUCUAAUAAAGCACCUAGAAAGUUCCCAGAACCAAAUCUGCCUCUGCAAAACCUUAAUCUUAUAUAAUGUGCAAUUUGAAAACACAUAUGGUUUUAGUCUGCCUGCCUAUUCUGUCUAUUCAGAAGAGAGGGGAUUUAAAAAGAAAAUGAGACACCUGCACACACACACUCUCUCGAAAGUUCCUAGCUUCUCUCUACGGUUCUGUUGAUGUAAAACGUCUUGUACAUAUACUGCUGGAGGGCAGGAGCUGUAAUUGAGUUAAGGUCUUAAAAAGGAAAGGGGGCAGUGGGACACUCCGUGCCCUAAACAACAUUGUUUCUUAUCUUUGCAUUGGAAAUGUUUUCAACUGACCUAGUAGCAUUAAUGCUUCCCUACCAGCAAUCCUCGUCUGCACGCCUGCUUAUGGAAAGUUAUCCCACAGCGACAUCCAGUGGCUAGCUCUCCAAUCUGUGGACUGUGGACUCUUGGGAAAGUAUAUGGAUGUCAUAAAGCCUCUUAAAUAGUGGAAGAAUUGUCCCACAAGCAGCACCAAGGAUCACUUGCAAAUGACUUGUCCAUUGUGCUGCCAAACUGAUUACCAGUUCAGAAUGGGCUUUCUUUUUAAAACAUGGACACCGCCUGCAAAAAGCUUUCACAAAGCUUUUUGGACCACUCUUUCUCUACCCAGAGAAAAAGAAACAAGCUACCUUUGCAUGAUGUGAGAAAAUGUGUUUUUUAUUAUUAUUAAAGAGAAACUUUGUACCAUGUUGCACUAAAUGUUUUAUACAACACACAUGCAAGCUGUAGUAAACUGUGUUAAAAUGGUGA